AUGUACUGUUUCCCCGGCAGACACUCUGGGUCCCUGGGUUCCCGUGUGGCCUCCUGUUGUGGUGUGAGUGCGUAUGAUGAGAGCGACAACACGAGUGUGUGUUGUGGGGGGAGGCUACACACUGCCCUCCCGGCCCCCGGGGGUGGGGAAUGCUGCGGAAAACUCCUCAUCGACCCCAACACCCACCAAUGCUGUCGCUCGCCCCAAUUCUCCUUGAUCUACCCCCUCCACACCUCCUUCCACUGCUGCGGCCAUCACUAUUACAACAGCAGCCACCAGCGGUGCUGCUCACAACAACUGGGGGUCAAACCCCAGCCAGAUGUCAAGCUGAUGGCUUUAGUCAAGGUUCCUAUGUCCACCCUCUGUAACAGUGCAGCUGUGGUGGGGAAGGUGACCAACGUGUCGCAGAAGGGACAGCAACUUGUUUGGUGGCUGAAAUCGUCGGUUGUUUUGAAAGCCAAUUGCGAUUUGAAAUGGAUGUCAACUCAUCUCAGACCCUGUCCGCACAGUUCAAGCUCCGGACCAGGAAGUUCCUCAGCGCCAAACCAGUCGUCAAUGCCACCUAUGUUUUCUGGUUACCCAAUUCCCAGUAUAACGUCAGUAGGAAUCCGCUUGUUAAUAACCUGA